GGGCUAUAUAAAUCCCCCAAAACUGACUCUUCAUGAAACACUCCUAAAAGUCUGCAGAGAACCUGCGCAAUCGCUGCUCUGUCUCUCUUUCUGCGAUCCUUUACAGAGGCUUUAGGAGCGGGAUUGCUCUCAACAGAAAGUACCAACCCGCUUUAAAAGAAGCAUCUUCGAAUCUGAAUGGUACAUCUGCACUUUACUUUAAAUCGAAAAUGAAACUCCAGUUACUUGCAAUAGAUUUAAUAGUUAUGUGCAUAUCCUGCGGAGUAAGUGUGCGAGAAACAAGUAUCCCUGCUGCGUCCUCGUCUGCGUCAGGUGCCCAAGUCCAUGCGCUUGGCGCUGCGCAAGGAACUGGAGAGAACCCGACUGCUUCCAAAACCAGGAGGAAGCGCUAUAUUAGUCAGAACGACAUGAUUGCCAUCCUCGAUUACCACAAUAAAGUCAGAGGCAGAGUUUUCCCCCCUGCUUCCAACAUGGAAUACAUGGUGUGGGAUGAGACUUUGGCAAAAACAGCAGAAGACUGGGCUCAUGCUUGUCUUUGGGAACAUGGACCUCCCCACCUUCUCAGGUUCUUAGGUCAGAACCUCUCUGUUAGGACCGGACGAUAUCGGUCCAUUCUGCAGCUGGUAAAGCCCUGGUACGACGAAGUAAAAGAUUACUCCUUUCCAUACCCCCGUGACUGCAACCCAAGAUGCCCUCUCAGAUGUUAUGGACCCAUGUGUACCCACUACACACAGAUGGUAUGGGCGACGUCUAACAAAAUCGGUUGUGCAAUCCACACAUGCCACAAUAUGAAUGUCUGGGGUUCUGUGUGGAAAAGGGCAACGUAUUUAGUCUGCAAUUAUUCACCAAAGGGCAACUGGAUCGGAGAGGCUCCCUACAAGGUUGGCGUCCCAUGCUCCGCCUGCCCUCCCAGCUACGGGGGCUCAUGCAGCAACAACAUGUGCUUCCCAGCUCUCAAGACUAACUACCUGCACUGGUUUAAAUAAACAUAAGCUUCUAACCAACAUGAGCCAAAAACCUAGAGUACCACAGAGAAAUUAUUUUUAAUCUAGUAAGGAUUUGCACAACAGUCGAGCAAUAAUGCUUUUCUGUAUAUAUGAGCGUAUUUAUGGAAAGACGUAUAGAUUUAAGGGCACCUGACAUUUUUAGUAACUUGAAAAUGUAGUUAUCUGUAAAUGAGUUCUGUUCCUUUGUUCUCAGUUUGCAGCAUAUAUUAGAAAUUAUGAAAUGUAUAAAUAUGUUUAUAAGACCAAUGGGUUAUUUUAACAAUCUAAACUUUUAUGUGGUCUUCAAACUCAUUGUAUUAACUGGUUACAAUGGGGGUUAAUAAGGAGAUCGCAGCCAUACAGCUCCUCAUUUCAGCUCACUUUGGUGCUAUUGGCAUCACACCUUCAUGUUGUGUGCCUGUCUACACAAAAAUGUUGAGAUCAAACAGGAUUGAAAGGAUCAAAGCUCUUGACCUUAGAGGGAAACCUCCACUGGCAGCGUUUUCAUGCUGACUUGCAAAAUUUACACAUAAAGCACUUGCUACCUUAUGGUAAAUAGAAUUUUGUUUUGUUAUUUUCUGUUCCGAUUUUUAGGCAAAGUCCACCUUUUUGUCUAUGUCACCCAUUUCCAGUCUUUUGAUGAUGGUGCAAGUUUUAAACACAUCUAACUGGAAAGGUCCAGCUUUGCAUGCUGAUGUAGACACAGACAACACCUCUGUUUUAAAAGGUUUACAAAAAAGUUAGAUUGUACAUUUUUAGUUGUAACCUGCACUAAUUCACCUCUGUGUCAUACUGAUGACAAUUCAUCUGGGCAUUUUGUUUUAAUGGCUGUUUUCAUCUACAUUUUAUAUAUUCAUGUUAGAAUAAAUUUGAUAUAUAUCCGCUGUGUGAUGACAUUUACACACAUAUAUCACCAUUUAAGAUUACUGGUUUGUUACACGCCUUCAUGAGUUUUGAUGUUUGUAUUUUAAAAUGAUCACUCAUUUUAGAUUCUAGCACUCAAGUGCACCUUAAUUGUUUGUAAAUUUCUAA